AUAAUUUUACAUUAACACCUUCAGUACAAAUCAUCAACAAAGGUUCACUGAUUAGCGUGAAUAUAUUCCUGCGCAGGCAGUAGUUUUCUGAAGAGAAGAUAUCUCUUUAAAUAGAGUGUGUCCUGGUGCUGACUAGUGAGUUUUCCCUGCCUCCUAUAUAAGCUCAGCGCUACCCCUCCUGCUGCAGUCAGUUCUCCUCCGGCCAACAUGAGCUUCACGGUAGAGCAUCACUUGUUCGGUCCGACCUCGUACCGCAAGGCUCGGCCUGCCUCCGUGUCCUCCAGCGGCUUUCACUCCCAGCGCCGCCGCCUCACCUACAGCCAGCCGUCCUCCGUCGACAGCUUUGAGACCUUCAACGGUGACAUGACGCGGAGGAGCGAGAAGGAGAUUCUGCAGACUCUGAACGACCGGUUCGCCGGCUACAUCGACAAGGUGCGAAACCUGGAGAUGCACAACCGCAACUUGGAGGCGGAAGCGGAAGCUCUGCGGCAGAACCAGGCCGGGCGCGCUUCGGUUGGGGAGCACUACGAGCGAGAGCUGGGCGACCUGAGGGGUCUCCUGCAGCAGCUGACCGGGGAGAAGGCCCGCGCCGCUCUUGAGCACGAGCACCUGGAGGAGGACAUCCAGCACCUGCGGGCCAGACUGGAGGAUGAGGCGCGAAACCGGGAAGAGUUGGAGGCUGCCGCGCGCGCCAUGAAAAAGUAUGUGGAGGAGUGCCGACUGACGCGACUGGAGCUGGACAAGAAGCUCCGUGCCCUGGAGGAGGAGGACGCCUUUCUGAAGAGGAACCACGAGGAAGAAGUGGCGGAGCUCCUCGCGCAGAUUCAGGGCGCUCAGGUGAGCUUCGAUAGGCCUAUGCGGGACACGCUCAAGGCGGACGUCACUGACGCACUGCGAGAGAUCCGCUCACAGCUGGACAGUCACGCAUCCAAGAGCUCAACGCACGCUGAGGAAUGGUUCAAAGUGCGUAUGGAGCGUCUGUCUGACGCUGCUAAGUCUAACCAGGAUGCAAUUCGUGGGACCCAGGAGGAGAUCGCAGAUUACCGCCGUCAGCUCCAGAGCCGCACAAUUGAGCUGGAGACUCUUCGAGGAACCAAGGAGUCACUGGAGAGGCAGCGUAUGGAGAGCGAAGACAGACACCACGAUGACCUCAACUCACUACAGGAGACCAUCAAUCAGCUGGACAAUGAGCUGAAAAACACCAAAUGGGAGAUGGCCAGCCAGCUGAAAGACUACCAGGAGCUGCUGAAUGUGAAGAUGGCUCUAGAUAUUGAGAUUGCUGCUUAUAGGAAGUUACUGGAGGGAGAGGAGAAUCGCUUCGUGUCAGGAGGAAGUCCAUACUCUUACCUGGAAGGCAGAAUCUCUGCCCACUUCAAAGUAAAAGGAGAGGAGAUCUCAGAUAAAGUCAUCGUGGAGGAACAGACAGAUGAGACCCAGGUGACAGAGGUGACAGAGGAGGCAGACGAGGAGGAAGAGGAGGGAAAGAAAGAAGGAGAGGAAGAAGAGGCAGGUGAGGAAACCAAAGAAGAGAAGGGUGAAGGAGAAGAUAAGGAGGAGGAAGGAGAGGGAGAAGAAGAGAAGGAGGAAGAAAAGGGAGAGGGGGAGAAGGAGAAGGAUGAGGAAGGGGAGAAGGAUGAGGAGGGGGAGGAGAAGGGAGAGGAAGAGGAGGCCGGUGAGAAAGAAGAGAAGUCCAAAUCUCCAGAAAAGGCUGCAUCCCCUACUUCAAAAUCUCCUCAACCUAAAUCUCCUGCCGUCAAAUCACCAGAAUCUAAAUCUCCACAAAAAUCACCAGAAUCUAAAUCACCACCAGCCAAAUCCCCGAUGCCCAAAUCACCUGCUAAGUCACCUGCAGUCAAAUCCCCUGCAGGAGAUGAGUCAAAGUCACCUGUGUCUAAAUCCCCACCCAGCAAAUCCCCUGAAUCUAAAUCUCCUCCUCCCAAGACCCCCGAACCAAAGUCUCCAGAAAUAGAGAAGGACAAGCCUGCCGCUGCCAAAGAGACCCCCAAAGAGGAGAAAAAAGAGGAGAAGCCCCAGCCUGUCAAGGAGGAAAAGAAGGAGAAAGAGCAACCUGUGAAGGAGGAAAAGAAGCAAGAGCCCAAGGAGAAAGACCCAGAGAAGGCAGACAAACCUGAUACAAAGAAAGAUGACACUUCCAAACCUGCUGCUCCCAGCAAGCCCACAGAGGACAAACCUGCUCCCAAGUCUGAGCCAAAAGAGAGUGCUCCCCCUGCCAAGGAGGAGAAACCCUCUGCUCCCAAACCAGAGAAGGCCGAGCCUGAGGCAAAGCCUGCCCCUAAAGCAGAGCCUGAGAAAACAGAGGGCAAGAAGGAGGAGAAGAAGCCGGAGGAGAAGUCCGCACCUAAAGCCAAACCUGAGAAAACAGAGAGCAAGAAAGAGGAGAAGAAGCCAGAGGAUAAAAAGGAGACCAGUAAAGAAGAGAGUAAGGAGGUGAAGGAAGGAGGGAAGGCAGAGAAAGCGGAGAAAUCUUCUGGUACUGAGUCAAAGGAGAGCAAGGAGGAGAAGGCCAAGAAGUAAGUCUGGAUAAGCUGUGUUUCAGGGCACAAGGAGAGGAGGAGGUAGAGAUGCCAAAGAACUAUGAGGGAGUAAAGAGCAGGAGAAAGGGGCUGGAUGUACCCAGCUGUCCAACACAAAGCAGGUGAUGGUAUGUAAGCAAUAGUGAUUUCUGUAGCAAAUAAUCCCCUGCUCCCUAAGUAUGGCCAUUACACACCCCCAAUGCUUCUGAUGUAUGACUGUAGUGAAUGCAGAAUGCUCUUAACUCUUUAUCUGAAUGUGACAACUGCCCUAAAUAAAUAACAAGUGCAUUUAAACUGAAUCCUGCUGACGGGGACCGCAGGGGCCUGCUGUACCUACACAAGCCUUCAAGGGUAGAGAUGUCAAAACAAUGUCAAGCUAAAGACUGUGACAGCUAUUGAAUAUAAAAAUGUAUAUUUAAGCAGAUACAAAUGUCUGUUAUAUUUACAAAUACAUGAGUAAGAAAGACUUGAAUUUUGCUUGUUGUGCACCUUAAUGCAGCUUCUCCCGACAGGUGAACUGCAGUGUCUCACUCUUCUGGUCUGCAAUGCUAGGACAACCAUGACUGUGCUAUGUAUAAACUGCUGAGAAUAUGCAAUAUGAAACAGAUAAAUAAAGAAUGAAGAAUCAAACACAA